AUGGCUCCCUUUGACUUAGAUGCAUGCAUAGAGCAACUAAUGCGGAAGCAACUCCUGCAUGAAGCGCUGCUACGAGAAAUAUGUGAGAAGACGAAAGAGGUGUUAAUGCGAGAAUCGAAUGUCGUACAUAUCAGCGCGCCUGUAACCGUGGUCGGGGACAUUCAUGGUCAGUUCUACGAUUUAAUCGAAAUCUUCCGGAUUGGCGGUUAUGCACCCCACACAAAUUACCUUUUCCUCGGUGACUACGUGGACCGAGGGCUUUUCAGCGUGGAGACGAUAACUCUUCUAACGUGCCUGAAGUUACGGUACCCUGAUCGUGUGCAGCUCAUUCGAGGAAACCAUGAAUCACGCGCGGUGACAACAACGUAUGGAUUCUACACCGAAUGUGUGCGAAAAUAUGGAUCUUCGCACGUCUGGACAUACUUCACGGACAUGUUCGAUUUUCUGACAUUGUCCGUUGUGAUCGACGAUCGGAUAUUUUGCGUCCACGGAGGGCUUUCGCCGUCAAUACAUUCAAUAGACCAGAUCAAGGUUGUAGAUCGCUUUCGGGAGAUACCACAUGAAGGCCCAAUGGCAGAUUUGGUGUGGUCAGAUCCGGACCCUGAAAAGGAAGAUUUCGCUAUUUCCCCGCGGGGGGCUGGUUACACCUUCGGCUCCGGCGUAGUCCACAAAUUCUUGGAGACAAACAACAUGGGUCAUAUUCUUCGGGCGCACCAGCUGUGUAUGGAGGGGUUCGCGUCAUUAUUUGACAAGCAAUUAUCAACAGUAUGGUCAGCACCCAACUACUGCUACAGGUGUGGCAACUCGGCAAGCAUAUUGGAAGUGGGUCCCGGCGAAAGCAUGUAUUUCAAUGUUUUCGAGGCUGCACCAGAGAACGAUAGAGACGGGCUAGCUCAAGCGGCUCAGAAUGCCGGUGGCAAGUUGCCGGAAUAUUUCCUUUAGGCCGGUGCUAUCGCCAGAUCGUGUCAUAUCGCGCCCUGCACAAAUCAUGACUUUCGACGAUGGGCGGUAGGACUUUGGUUCGCCCGAUGUAAAUACUUAAGUGGAACCUUGAUACCCGAUGAUA